GAUUUAGAUUUCGGAAUAUUACAAAAUUUACCAAUUAAAAUAUUUUCAAGCAUUAAUAUUUUCCUACAAAAAGAAAUGCCUUGUGAAAUCAGCGAGAAGGCGUUUCCUUUAGCCGAAGAUCGCCUUAGCCAAACAGUCCUUGAUCUUGUCCAGGAGGCAGGCAAGCUCAAGAUGCUUAAAAGGGGUGCAAACGAGGCUACAAAAGCACUGAAUCGUGGCAUAGCUGAUUUGAUUGUACUCGCGGGUGACACCAACCCAAUUGAAAUUUUGUUGCAUCUUCCGCUUUUGUGUGAAGACAAAAAUGUGCCGUACGUCUUUGUGUCAUCAAAGACCGCAUUGGGCCGCGCUGCACAGGUGUCGCGUAAUGUUGUGGCCUUGGCAAUUCUUCAGAACGACAACAGUCCAUUUGCUUCUUCGGUUCAGAAAGUAAAACUGGAGAUUGAAAGACUUUUAUAAAAAUGACGCCUGUGAUAAUAUUUCCUUUAUUUUAUCUAAUCAUAAGCAUAAUUUUGUAUUUUUGUGAGCAUUGUAGAAACAUUUUGAUGAAUUAAUUAUAAGUCCUUCCAACAGAUUAAAGCUAGAUGGAGGUAUGUUCAAGCCCACUUAAAUGCAAUUUACGAUAACAAGCUGCAUAAUACUUA